AAAACUGAAAUGUAAACUCAGGACAAGUCUUUACGAAGCGUGUAGGAGACAAACAGUGCGUAACCAUGGCUACUGGCAGCAGUUUCCUGUCUGAAGAUCAGUUCCUGUGCUCUGUGUGUCUGGAUAUACUCACCGACCCGGUCACUGUACCGUGCGGACACAACUUCUGCAGAUCCUGCAUUGCGGAGGACUGGAGUAUCAGCACCCAGCAGCAGUGUCUCGUGUGUAGGAAGAUUUUUGACACGAAACCAGCACUGAGAAUCAACACUGUCAUAUCUGACAUGGCUGCUCAUUUCAGGUCCUCGUCUGGAAGGAGAGCUACAAGAAUCUCACAGGGAAUCUUUCCAGAAGAUGUCCCUUGUGGCGUCUGCACUAAAAGCAAACAGAAAGCUGUCAAGUCCUGCCUAGAUUGUCUGUCCUCCUACUGUGAGACUCACCUGGAGCCUCAUCAUAGGAUCUCCAGCCUGAGGAGACAUACACUGGUCGAUCCUGUGGAGAACCUGGAGAACAGAAUGUGUAAGAAGCACAAGAGACCACUAGAUAUGUUCUGCAGGACAGAUCAGAUGUCCAUUUGCCAGUCCUGCACCGUGGCUGAUCACAAAAGACAUGAGGUUGUCCCUCUGAUCAAAGAGUGCAAAUGGAAGAAGAAAGAGCUGGAGAGGACCGGUGCAAACGUCCAGCAGAUGAUCCAGGAGAGACUGCUGAAGAUCGAGCAGAUCAAACAGUCAGUGAAGCUCAGCAAGGAAGACGUGGAGGAUGUGACAGCAGCUGUCGUGGAGGACUGUUCCACUUUGAUUAAAUCUGCUCGGAGAAACCUAGAUCUGCUCAUUGACGUGAUCAAACGGAAACAGAAAACGGUGGAGAAACAAGCGGAAGGCUUCAUGAAAGAGCUGGAAGAGGAGAUCUCUGAGCUGAUGAAGAAAAGCUCGGAACUGAAGUCGCUUUCUCAAACCGAGGACCACCUCCAGCUGCUACGAAACCUACCGUCCCUGAAAGUCAGAACCAAGGACUGGACAAAUAUCCGAGUUGAGUCCUCUUGUGACGGGACUGUGAGGAGAGCAGCGGCUGAACUCGAGACGCUCAGCAGACAGAUGAAAAAGCUGUGUGACGAGGUCGAACUGUCCAAGGUGCAGCUGUACGUGGUGGAUGUGACUCUGGAUCAGAAUACGGCAAAUCCUUAUCUGGUUCUGUCAGAGGACGGUAAACAGGUGAGCUGUGGCGAGAUCGAGCAGAAUCUCCCCAACAAAUCAGAAAGAUUGCCCUCUUUUGCUGUCCUGGGAGAGCAGGCUUUCUCCUCAGGAAGAUUUUAUUACGAGGUUCAGGUUCAAGGGAAAAGUAAAUGGGAACUCGGAGUGGUCCGAGAAUCUUUUAACAGGAGAGGUGAGAACACGAUCUGCCCUGAAAACGGUUUCUGGGUCGUAUGGUUAAGAAAUGGACAAUACAGAGCUCUUACCGGACCUUCUGUCCCUCUUCAUUUGAAGUGCAACCCCCAGAAGGUGGGAGUGUUUGUGGACUAUAACAAGGGUCUGGUUUGCUUUUACGAUCCAGAUACUGCGGCCCUGAUUUACUCCUUCACCAACUGUAAGUUCAGAGAGAAGCUGUUCCCGUUCUUCAGUCCCUGUUCAAGUGACGGUGGGAAAAACUCAAACCCUCUGAUCAUUUCCACAACGCUUUAG